AUGGAGAAGCUCGCCGAUUUUCGCCGAAACGUCCCUCCAUGUAUGCUCUAUAGGCGAAAGGUCGGCACUUCCAGAAUUGUCGGUAUAUGCGCCAAAAUAGUAUCCUUCCUUGCCGGUUGGAAUAGGGUGGUCUGCCAACAAGUUGGAAAGGAGCAAAAAGUACAAAUCACCCAAGUCGGAAAUGUGAAUGUGCGACCAAAUGUAAUCUCCCAGAUAAACCGUGAAGGCUUUGCCGUGAUCUUUGGAAAGCUGAGCCAAGUACGGAAUCUGCACAGAAUACACGUUGUCGUAGCCAUUGCUUUUGCCGAAGAUCGUCGAAGGACUAACAACCACCGUCUUGACCAAGGGAUUUUCCUCCUCAAUACUAAGAACGAUUUUGUCCACAGGCCGAUGCGGCUGACUUUCGUCAAGCAGGUUGAUCUCUUUUAUGGAGCCAAUGUCGCUGUAUACUUUCGCCGAGCGGCCCUUUUCGGAGUCCAAGUCGUCGCCAAUAACCGAGGUUCCGGACGUGUGGAUGAAGACCGUCUUUUUCGUCUUCUUCUUUAG